UACAUAAUUAUCCUGGCUUUUAAUUAUUAUCUGAGCCAAGAUAAUGGGAAGCAGCGAGGAGAUGCCAGUGGUGCUCAUCACGGGAUGCUCUCAGGGAGGAAUCGGCAACGCGCUGGCUCGUGAAUUCUCUGCGAAAGGCUGCCGAGUGGUGGCGACGAGUCGAUCGCAGAGCACGAUGGCCGAUUUGGAGAAAGAUCCCAAGUUUUUAGUACAAGAGCUCGAUGUUCGGUCGGAACAGAGCGUGAGUAAAGUCUUGUCGGAAGUUAUCGACAAGUUUGGUCAGAUCGAUGUUCUGGUCAACAACGCCGGAGUUCAAUGCAUCGGACCACUCGCGGAGGUUCCAAUUCAGACCAUGGAGAACACCUUUAACACCAAUGUGUUCGGUUCCAUGAGGAUGACUCAAGCUGUUGUACCCCACAUGGCGUUAAAGAAGAAAGGAAAGAUUGUGAACAUAGGAAGUAUCAGCACAAUGGCACCAGGACCAUGGGCAGGGGUUUAUACCGCAUCAAAAGCUGCUCUUCAUGCUCUUACAGACACAUUACGGUUGGAGCUUAGGCCAUUUGGGAUUGAUGUAAUCAACAUUGUCCCAGGAGGUAUUCAAUCAAACAUAGCCGAGUCAGGAGUAUCUAGCUUCAACAAGUUACCUGAACUGAAACUAUACAAGCCGUUCCAAGAAGCUAUCCGUGAAAGGGCGUUUUUGUCGCAAAACGUUAAGCCAAUACCCGCAGAGACAUUUGCGAAAGAGGUGGUAUCGGUGGUGCUGAAGGAACACCCACCGGCUUGGUACUCUACAGGAAGAUUAUCCACCGUCGCCGCUAUCAUGCACCAUAUGCCCAUUUCAGUCAAAGAUUUUCUCCUGACUAAGAGCUUCAUGAAAAAGGGGCCAAAAGAAACUGUUUGAAUGUGUGUAUCCAACAAGUAAAAAUGUUGCCUAACCAUGAAACAAGCUAAAUACAAAGCCACACAAAAAAUUAUAAGACCAACACAGUUAGAAUAAGAUCCCAGUAAGACUAAAGUCUGGUUCUUAUUUCUUGUCACACAACUAUCCUAAAGUAUGUAAUAGCCUAAUUGUACUAGGUAAUAAAUCAAGGCAAUAAUGUGUGUGGUUGGUAGGAA